UCCCAGGAGGGAGCGAGGCGACGCUGCCGCUGCCGUCGUCGAGAGCGGGGACGCGGGCGCGCUGUCGGGCGGGGGCGAGGUUUGGGCCGGUUGUGCCGUUGCGAGGCUGCGGCUGCGAUCGCUGCGGUGGGCCCAGAGUCAUAUCUUGACUUUGUACAUUGGAGAAGCCAGCAGCAUUGCCGUGUUUGUUUGAGGAAGUGUCUGUCUGGGAUUCCAUUGCAAGUCGAAUUAUUGUUCAUAUAAGGUGCAUUGAAAAGUGACUGAUCCUCCUUCAAAGAUGUCAAAAACAAACAAAUCCAAGUCUGGAUCUCGUUCUUCUCGCUCAAGAUCUGCAUCAAGAUCUCGUUCUCGGUCAUUUUCGAAGUCUCGAUCCCGAAGUCGAUCAGUCUCUCGUUCCAGGAAACGAAGGCUGAGUUCUAGGUCUCGUUCCAGAUCAUAUUCUCCAGCUCAUAACAGAGAGAGGAAUCACCCAAGAGUCUAUCAGAAUCGGGAUUUCCGAGGUCACAACAGAGGCUAUAGAAGGCCCUAUUAUUUCCGUGGGCGCAACAGAGGCUUUUAUCCAUGGGGCCAGUAUAACCGAGGAGGCUAUGGAAACUACCGCUCAAAUUGGCAGAAUUAUCGACAGGCAUACAGUCCUCGACGGGGCCGGUCCCGAUCCCGGUCCCCAAAGAGAAGGUCUCCUUCACCAAGAUCCAGGAGCCAUUCUAGAAACUCCGAUAAGUCUUCCUCUGACAGGUCAAGGCGCUCAUCAUCCUCUCGUUCUUCCUCCAACCACAGCCGAGUUGAAUCUUCCAAGCGCAAGUCUGCAAAGGAGAAAAAGUCCUCUUCCAAGGAUAGCCGUCCAUCUCAGUCUGCUGGAGAUAACCAAGGAGAAGAGGCCAAGGAGCAGAGUUUCUCUGGAGGCACCUCUCAAGAUACAAAAGCAUCUGAGAGCUCAAAGCCAUGGGCAGAUGGCAGCACAUACAGUGCUGGUUCUGCAUCACGGGCAUCGGUUUCUGAGCUGAGUCCCCGGGAGCGGAGCCCUGCUCUUAAAAGCCCCCUCCAAUCUGUGGUAGUGAGGCGGCGAUCUCCCCGUCCCAGCCCUGUGCCAAAGCCUAGCCCUCCACUUUCCAGCACAUCCCAGAUGGGCUCAGGUCUGCAGAGUGGUUCUGGGUACCAAGCUGGGACACACCAAGGUCAGUUUGACCAUGGCUCUGGGUCCUUGAGUCCAUCCAAGAAGAGCCCUGUGGGUAAGAGUCCACCAGCCACUGGCUCCACAUAUGGCUCGUCUCAGAAGGAGGAGGCUGCUUCAGGAGGAGCAGCCUAUUCAAAGAGGUAUCUAGAUGAGCAGAAGACAGAGAAUGGAAAAGAUAAGGAACAGAAACAAACAAAUACUGAUAAAGAGAAAAUGAAAGAGAAAGGGAGCUUCUCUGACACAGGCUUGAGUGAUUCGAAAAUAAAAUCUGAUAUGUUUGCUCCCAAAACUGAUUCUGACAAGCCUUUUCGGGGUAGCCAGUCCCCUAAAAGAUACAAGCUCCGAGAUGACUUUGAGAAGAAGAUGGCUGAUUUCCACAAGGAAGACAUGGAUGACCAAGAUAAGGACAAAGCCAAAGGAAGGAAGGAAUCUGAGUUUGAUGAUGAACCCAAAUUUAUGUCGAAAGUCAUAGCCGGUGCAAACAAAAACCAGGAGGAUGAGAAGUCAGGCAAAUGGGAAGUGUAUGCACCUUCAGGGAAGGAAAAGCAAAGGAAAACAGAGGAGUUGGAGGAAGAUUCUUUCUCAGAGAGAUCCAAAAAGGAGGAUCGGGGAGGAGUCAAGAGAACCGAAAGUGGGCACAGGGGGUUUGUUCCUGAAAAGAAUUUCCGAGUGACUGCUUACAAAGCGGUCCAGGAGAAAAGCUCAUCACCUCCCCCAAGGAAGACCUCUGAGAGCCGGGAGAAACUAGGAGCCAAAGGAGACUUUUCCACAGGGAAGUCUUCCUUUUCUAUUACUCGAGAGGCCCAGGUCAAUGUCCGGAUGGACUCUUUUGAUGAGGACCUUGCAAGACCCAGUGGAUUACUGGCUCAGGAGCGCAAGCUUUCUCGGGAUCUAGUUCAUAGCAACAAAAAGGAACAAGAAUUCCGUUCCAUUUUCCAGCACAUACAGUCAGCUCAGUCUCAGCGGAGCCCCUCAGAACUGUUUGCCCAGCACAUUGUGACCAUUGUUCACCACGUUAAAGAACAUCACUUUGGGUCCUCGGGAAUGACAUUGCAUGAACGCUUUACUAAGUACCUAAAGAGAGGAACUGAGCAAGAGGCAGCUAAGAACAAGAAAAGCCCAGAGAUACACAGGAGGAUAGACAUUUCCCCCAGUACGUUCAGGAAACAUGGAUUGGCUCAUGAUGAAAUGAAAAGUCCCCGGGAACCUGGCUACAAGGCUGAGGGGAAGUACAAAGAUGAUCCUGUAGAUCUCCGCCUUGAUAUUGAACGUCGUAAAAAACAUAAGGAGAGAGAUCUUAAACGAGGUAAAUCAAGAGAAUCAGUGGAUUCCCGAGACUCAAGCCACUCAAGGGAAAGAUCAGCCGAGAAAACAGAGAAAACCCAUAAAGGAUCAAAGAAGCAGAAGAAGCACCGGAGAACACGAGACCGGUCCAGAUCAUCAUCCUCUUCCUCCCACUCAUCCCACUCCUACAAAGUGGAGGAGUACACUGAAGAAACUGAGGAGAGAGAGGAGAGCACCACUGGCUUUGACAAAUCAAGACUGGGGACCAAAGACUUCGUGGGUCCAAAUGAAAGAGGAGGCAGAGCUCGAGGGACCUUUCAAUUUCGAGCCAGAGGUAGAGGCUGGGGCAGAGGCAGCUACUCUGGAAACAACAACAAUAACAGCAACAAUGAUUUUCAAAAGAGAAGCCGAGAAGAGGAGUGGGACCCUGAGUACACGCCCAAGAGCAAGAAGUAUUACCUGCAUGACGACCGUGAAGGCGAAGGCAGUGAGAAGUGGGGGGGCCGGGGCCGCGGCCGAGGAGCCUUCCCCCGAGGUCGGGGCCGGUUCAUGUUCCGGAAAUCCAGCACCAGCCCCAAAUGGGCCCACGACAAGUUCAGUGGGGAAGAAGGGGAGAUAGAAGACGACGAGAGUGGGACAGAGAACCGAGAAGAGAAGGACAAUUUACAGCCCACCACUGAGUAGGGGCCGUUGUGAUCGAAGCUCCUACCCAGGGGGGACAGGCGCUAGGAAAUGGCUGGAGAACUAAACAGAAGCCCCAAGAAGAUUCUGAAAACCCCCACCAGCCAUGCAGAAAGCUGCUGCAGCUGAAAGCACUCCUGGCGCAGGUCCCACUGGACGGAGGCGGCUGGCCAUGGAGCCUGGUCAGGCCCAGUUUUUGAGCAGAACACAGCACAUUGGGCUUUCGCUGUGUUUCUCAUUUGUUGUUGGUGUGUGGGGUGGGGACUGGGCAGGGAGGGGAGAGCGAUACUUGGAUUUUGGUUUGUUUCCUAUUAGAAACCAGUUUUCUUAAUUUCAUUUCAUUUGGAGCUAAGAGGACUAAUUUGAUGAUUUUUAAUUUCUUUUCCUGGUUUUUAAAGCCCUCUUUUUUUUUUUUUCUUUUUUUUAAGGCAUAUAUUGUAGUAACAUUAGCAGAAAGAUUUAAUUUGGACAACUUUUGAUCCUGAUUCUUAAAAGAGAAAACAAAGCAUGUGAAUAAACAUUGAAAUGUUCAUCUCAGUUUGGGACCAACUGCUUGGAUCUUUAUAAAAAUUGGUUUUGUAUGUAGAGGAGGAGUUCAAGGCCUUUCUGACCACCUUGUGUUCCCCUUUUCUGCGUAGCCAUGUAUCACAUGGUAUUGCUCCUAACCACACCCCACUCGCCCCUCCCCAAUAUUGUCUGAUUUCUUCUGGGCGGGCUUCCCAUUCUCCACCAGCAGCUCCGGCGUCCCAGUGUUCCAGCCCCGCUGACCUCCGCAGCAGUGGUGGGCACUGGGUGACGGUUUCUGGUCUGUUUUCUAAGAAACUCUGGAUUCUAUUGUCUUUACAAAUAUAAGAUGAGAAAAUAAUUUUUUCAAUAUUUUUUAUUAAUCUUUUUAUAAAAUGAAAAGAAACUCCUAUGAUUGAUUAAGGAAGGUGGUAUGGCUGGGUGGUUUGUGGGGUUCUUUUUUUUUCCUUUUUUUUUUUUUUCCCUUUUUAACCUUAAGCUUUAAGUUGAAGCAUUCUCAGAUAUUUGGGGGGGGAAACAUCCUCUUAAAAUGGGUCCUUGUGCUUGCCUUCCGGGGAGGCGGUCCUGAGCAGGUGAAUCAUAUGGCACUUACGCAUAUGGUAUAUGGGGACUGCACCCACCUCCCCCCGUCCCCCCAACCUUUGCCUCUUGGGUUGUGCUACUUUUACCCUUACUUUGCUACAUUUCUAUAGUUAAGUUGGUUUUACUUGAUUCAUGUUUAAGGGGAAACCCCCCCUUAAAGAUUUGUUUCAACUCCUCCUGCAAAUAAAAAUAAAUAAAUGAAGUGGCAGGUGUAAA